CAGCGUGCUAAGGUAGCCUUUUUCGUUAAAGAAAAGAAUACUAACGUAGACUUUGUCCAAAAUUUCACAACAUAACUCCGUAUCACCAAGUCAACAAAACCAUAGUCCAUUUAUUUCUUCAACACGCUAUUUUUCCUUUCUCAAAAUUGACUUCAAACAAUCUACCUACCUAUACACAAAACCAUUUCAUGCUCCAAAACCAAACCCAUCAUCACUACUUCGAAACCAAAACAGAAACACAAAAACAGAGAAUAUGAGAAAGAGAGGAGAAAACAAGAACAGAUUCUUUAGAAUCAUUACCAUGCCUCUAAAAGUUUUAGGCAAGGCUCGUGACCUCUACAUGCGAAGCAUCACAGGCUGCGCAGCUCGCACUCACUACUCCUCAGCCGAUGCCGUCUCCAUUCCCUUUCCGAGAAGCCGAAGCACCUCCUCAGCCUUCUCCUCCACCACCUCUUCGCGGAGGAUGUCUUCCGAUUUCACCUUCGACGAUGACUACAGCGAGCUGGUCAGAGCUGCUUCCGUUAGGAGUUUAGGUCAUAAGAACGAGAUUGACAUGAUCAGACACCAGCAACUUCAGCAGCGGCAAGAAAAUCGCGUGGCGGUGGGAGCGGUUGCGGCUGCAAAAGGAGGUUUGCCAAAGAGCUCAAGUGUAGGGAUGCCAAUGGCGAGGAUUGAUGAAGAAAAUGAAGAAGAGAGAUCACUGAAGAAUCAUAAGAAAGGAUCUGAUUUCUUAUACCCUCGUAGCAGAUCACACGCGGUUACUAUUAGAGGAUCCAAGUUUUAAUUUACUAAUUAUAUAAGUCUCAUUUUUAGUUUUAAAGAAGUAUGAUUCUUGAAAAUUUACGUUGGGGGGGAUUAAGGAGAAGACAGAAAAUGAUCGCGAGGUAUAGUGUUAUAGAUUUGUACCAAAGGAAGCUAUUUAAAAAUAUUUUUAA